AUGGAUGUCAAUAAUGCAUUCUUACAAGGGGAUUUGCUUGAAGAAGUUUACAUGGAAGUUCCUCAAGGUGGCUACAAACAAAGUUCCUAUGAUCAUUCCUUAUUCACCAAACAUGCAAGAGGAGAAAUAGUUAUCAUCUUAGUGUACAUUGAUGAUCUCUUAAUCACUGGAAGCAGCAAGGAAUUGAUACAGGAAGCUAAAGGAACUUUGCAUAACAAUUUUAAGAUAAAAGACCUAGAAGAGUUGAGAUAUUUUCUGGGAAUUGAAGUAAUGAGGUCCAAAGAUGGCAUACUACUCAAUCAAAUGAAGUAUGCACUUGGACUAAUAUCUGAUCUAGGACUCAGUGGUUCUAGGCCUGUAACCACACCAUUAGAAGUCAAUUUGAAGCUUACAACAAUAGACUAUGAUGAAUAUGUUGGAGGUGUCAAUGAUCUUGUACUUGAAGAUAUAACAACUUAUGAAGAUUUGAUUGGGAGGUUGUUAUACCUCACCAUCACCAGAUCUGAUGUCAGUUUUGGAGUGCAAGUCCUACGCCAUUUCAUGCAAGGACCAAAGAUUUCACACUGGAAUGCAACAUUGAGGCUAGUGAAGUAUAUAAAGAAUGCACCGGGAUAA